AUGUCGAAGGCCGUGAAUGUUCCCACUGAUACCAAGCAAAAGGAGAAGGAUAUCAACCAGAAGCUCCAAUUCUUCGGUAUCUUCCAUGCUUUCAAGAACAGCAAGCUUCCCUCAAACAAGCAAUGCGACAUUGCCCUAAACACCGCCUUGAACUCCAAGGCCCUCUCAUCGCCCCCUAAUGAGCUCUCCGCCGAUGGAAAGACCCUUGUGGCCGACUUGCGCAAUGUCAUUGACGCCGCUAAGAAGAUGCUGCUGGUGAAGAACGAGGGUGAACUCAUCCAAGACUUCGUCUGGCAAGCUCAGAAGAUCACCACUGGUGAUGCUAAGCGCCCCGACCUCCCUGUCGACAAGGAAGCUGGCAAGCAGGAUGCCAGCAAGGCCGCUGAGGGCCUGAAGACCCUGGGUACAUUGAUGAUCACCAAUGGAGAGUUCCGCAAGCUUUUGAGCGACGCCGCCACCCUCGGAAAGGAUAUCGCAGCAGAUGCCUCCCAGAAGGCCGCCAACCAAGUGCGCCCUUCAGAGGAGGAUCUUGCGCAGAUCGACCAGGCCGCAGAGGAUAAUGUCUGGCACGAGAAGCCCAACAUCAACAAGGACGACUUGAAGUCCAAGUUCAAGCGUAACAAGGCUGACAAGGAGAGCAUUGCCUCUGCCUCUAUUGCCGAGAACCAGUCUACUGUGGAGUCUACAACUUCGACCAAGAGCAAGACCAAGGAAUACGCCGACAAGACCAAGAACUAUCUUGCCGAGAAGGUUCCCAAGGAGCGUCGCGAGCAGACCAUCUGGCGUCUGAAGAAGAUGAUCAUCGAGAUCCAGGGCCACGCUGAUUACCAGCAAGCCGUCGAGACCUUGCUGAACAUGGCUGAGCAGUACGCUGGCCACACCAAGGAUGUCUCUAAGCAGGGUGGCACCGCCGCUCGUGAUGUCAUCAAGACCGACAGCGUGCAGGCCGUCCAGCACAACUUGCGCACUCUGAUUGAGCGUUUCGCCAACAACACCUCCCUGGACAGCUUCUUUGAGUCGCUGAACACCAUCUACCACGAUGCUGAGAAGGACCCUGAACUUCGCAACUGGUUCAAGAACGUUGACACCCUGAUCCGCAAGUCUCUGCGUGAGCAGGGCUUCAUCAUGGAAGACGAGUGCAACCGCCAGUGGAACGAGCUCUACGACAAGGGUCGCUACCUUCUGCGCGAGCGCUACCGUGGUCACUCCGACCGCAUCGUCGACGAGGUCAAGUUCCUCGCCGACCAGUUCGAGAGAGACACCCAGAACAAGGCCCUUGCCGACGCCUUCCAGAAGCUGUUCAAGGACCUCGGCCACGACAGCAAUGGCAAGGCCACAUUCAAGCCCGAGCUUCUCAAGGAUCUCCGCGACGUCAUUCUGCCUGCCAUCUUCGAGAACGUUCGCUACGUUCCUAUCCCCCGUAUCGAGGUAUCUGACCCUAUGGUCGAUGUUGUGGUCGAGAACCUCACCAUUGAGAGCGACAACCUGAUGCCCAAUGUUGUUGAAUUCGGCAGCGACAACUACUUCCGCUGGGGCCGCAAGAAGAUCACCAACAAGCGUGACAACAAGAUCAUGAUCGCCAUGUCCGGCAUUCAGGCCGAUCUCCGUGACGUCAGCUACUAUAUCAAGAAGAAGGAGGGCUUCCCCUCCAUCACUGACCGUGGUGUCAUGGACAUCUUGCUUGGUGGCGAGGGUCUCAGCGUCAAGAUCGCCGCUUCUACCGCCCAAAAGGGUGACAAGGAGCACUUUGUCAAGCUUGACAAGGUCAACGUCGGUAUCAAGAACAUGGACAUAAAGCUGAAGAAGUCCAGCCACAAGCUCCUGUUCAACACCUUCAAGCCCAUGCUCUUCCGUGUUGUCCGCCCCGCCCUGCAAAAGGUCGUCGAAGGCCAGAUCCGCGAGGCGUUCAAGAAGGGUGACCUCUUCGCCAACGAGAUCCACACCGAGGCCAAGCGCGCCCAAGAGGCUGCCCGCGAGGACCCCGAGAACGCCCCCACAAUCUUCGCCCGCUACUCCGACGCCAUCCGUGCUCGCACCCAGGCUCAGGCCAAGGAGGCCGAGAACGCCGUCAAGCGCGACACCAAGGUCCAGACUGUCAUGACCCUCCACGAUUCGAUCUUCCCCGACAUCGAGCUUCCCGGCGGCGUGUCCAGCAAGGCUACCGAGUACGCCGACCUGGCCGCCAAGGGCGAGCGCUGGGAGUCCCCCAUCUUCAGCCUCGGCAGCGCCUCCGAGUCCACUGAUAUCCCCUCCGCUGGCAAGAUCACCAACAAGCCCCACGGCGCUAGCACCAACGGUGCCGGUGCUGCUGGUGUAGCUUCCGCCGCCGGAUCCUCUGGCGACGCCACUGCCGCCGCUGCCGGUGUCACCAGCCCCACCAACGGCGCUCGCGGUUUCUCCGACGAGGUCGACAAGGCCUUCGUCAACGGCAAGGCCCCUCAACUCGGUGACGCUGUUAAGAACAUCACCAACGGCACCCACGCCACUAACGCCACCACUGCCGUCUAA